AUGGACAGUCUGAUGGAGCAAGCCGAUGCUCUUCUCUCCGAGAUUUCACAGCACCCAGACCUCCUGCCGGCCAGGUACAACUGGAAGGGGGAGAGACGUCCUUACUCUAGAGACGAACUGAUGGAGUUGUACGAGAAAAUCGAUGCCGACCACCUGCCCCAUCUGUUGUCGAAAUUGAUUGUACACGCAGAUGCCCAGAUCCCACCGCUUGUGCCAGGGAUCCGGUCUUUGCUUUCGACGGGAGGGAGCUCUCUUCUCCGCGAGAAGGACGAGACUGAGCGGUUGCAGACGAACCAGGACAAUGUUGGCGGCCGCACGCUGCAGAAGGAUGUAUUUGGUCGGAGGAGCGCCCUCAAGGACAAGCACGCCUUGGCAUAUCUGCGAGCCAAGGAGCUCAAGGGCGCAGCAAUACGCGGGUCAAAGAUCCCUCGAUUCGUGCCCUCCCUCUUCCAAGAACUCGUCAUUAUGAACGGACAUAGAUUCCCGACUUUCUGUCUCCUCUUUGACCGCACCAAUAACAGGAUCAUCACCGGAAGCGACGAUUAUCUGAUCAAGAUAUGGAGCGCGCAAUCAGGAUACCUCCUCUUUACUCUUCGUGGACACGCGGCAGUCGUCACAUACAUGGAUCUCAGCACAGACAACACCAUGCUUGCCUCCGCAUCGGAUGACGGCAUCGUCCGUGUUUGGGACCUCAGGACAUCGGCCCCUAUUGCUGUUCUCCCUACAGGCGCCAGCGCCCGCGGCAGGAAACCAAUCAGCACAGUUACCUUCUCACCCUCUCCUAUACCCCAAAUCCGAUACCUGAUCGCGACCUCACUGGACGGCUAUACGUGGGUCUGGAAAUACGACAGGGAUACUAAAAAGUUCACGACUCCGCCCACCCGCCUUGACUGCAAGACGUUCAACGACUCGAAACUAAAAUGCGCCACUUGGAACUGCAUAGGAUCGCAGUUUGCCGUCGCCGGAACUGAUUUGUUCAUCCGCGUCUUCUCGACCAUCCAAAAGGGACCCGAGGCGAUCAAGGCAGGAAAAAGGCGGAAGAGCUACGACAAGUCCAAGGUUGAGGCUGCAGCGUCUACAGGAGAAGGGUCGGGUGCCGGAGCAAACGGCACAGCAGCAGGGACACAUUCGUCAAGCGCCGCGUAUCAGGACUGGGGCGAUCCGGUUCUUAUUGCCCAACUGGAUGGUCAUGAUGGAGUUGUGACAAGUUUGAGUUACAGUCGGCGAGGCAACAGGAUCCUUUCUGGCUCCGUUGAUGGGUUUGUAAGGAUAUGGAAAUACGACAACCAAAGCAAGAUGUGGACCUCCAUGGCCAUUGAUGUUCGGGACGAGAACAUGCAAGCUGACGCCACCAUUAUUGCUGCCAAGCCCAUGAUGCCCUCGCCGGUUGCUGUCACUGCUCCCUCAAACCCAUUCUUGAACACCAACGCCUCCAACUCACUAAACGACGAUGCUAACAAUACCGACUCAGAGAUGAAUGGAUCUACCACCGCCAGCCAGACUCACGCGAACGAAAACACGGCAGAUGAAAACGGGCAGGCAUCAGGAGAAGACUCUAGGAUUGUACCAACAAUGGCGAUCUGGUCUUUGGACGACUCGGCUGUUAUUCUGACAACUUCGUUGGGCGAAAUCAAGAUUUUCGAUUCGGUUACCGGAGAAUGGAUGCAUACGCUCAAAGGACAUUCCCCACGGUCCUCCAUCUACGUGGUUGAUGUCCACCCUCAUGAUAGUCGCAUCUUGAUGACAGCCGGAUACGAUGGUCAGGUCAUUCUUUGGGAUAUCUCCAAGGGCACCAAGCUCAAGAGUUGGAUGUACGCGGAGCAAGAGUUCCUAGAUGGCCGGUUCUCUUCCGACGGUUUGAUGUUUGCCGUGACGGAUCAGGAAGGAAAGUGUAUCCUCUUUGGCGCCGGCAGGAACUUGGACGACUUUCAGGAUGCCCGUUCCUUCGUCGAGCAGACCUUCUGGAGCGACUAUGCACCCGUUCGAUACGAUGCGGACCACAAUGUCGUGGACGACACAACGCAGAUUGCCCCUCAUCUUAUGGAACGGACGCCUAUCCUGGAUACCAACGGCCGUGACUAUGCCAGGCAGAAAGGACCGCGGUAUGGACUCGAUUUACCUCUCGGGCUGCCGCCUGGUUCUCUGGAGCAGGAGGAGGCACUGAAACGAGAGCUUCUGGAACAGGAGCUGGAGAAUCUGACAGAGCAAGCCCUGACAAUCAUCCCAACAACGGACAAGCGCAAGCUGUACAAGCGUCGACGUGAUUUCAUUCUGGAGGACGACGACGAUGACGACGAUCCCAUGACAACCGAGGUGCCGAUUGUCCCACUCCCCAACGAGUCGAGUGGUGAAGAGUAUGGCGGCGGUGCCAUUUCUGAAGCCUCAUCGUCAUCAGAGAGCGAAGAUGGCGAUGACAGCGAUUUGGCGCCAGAGGAUGGAGCCGAUCCGGUGUCUAAUUUCGUCGCAAACGACGAUGAUGACGAUGACUACUUUGCAGCCGGUCAGGGAUCGCGGAAGAGGCGCGCCCCCAGCUCCAGUGGGACACCGAGGAAGCAGCGGAUAACCAACGACAGAAAGCGUAAAAUGAGACCACGAAAGCGGCUUCGACUUCGGGAAAGUGAUGAGGAGGAGGAAGCCAUGGAGGAGGAUUUCGACGAAGAAAGCGACUUUGAUGACUAUCCCAUGUCACCCACGCGGAAAGGGAAGCGAGGACAGGGACUCAACAGUGGGCCUUCUGGAAGUAAGAGUCAAAGGAGCGCCCGGCCGAAGUCGUUUGCCAACGACGACUACCCUAGUGACGAGGCACCCGAGUCCUCGGGGGAUGAGGACGAGGAUGUGAGUGUUAUCUCUGAGAGCUCUGCUGGUGGAUCGUAUUCUGGAUCGUUCGGCGCCCAUGUCGUUGUUCCAACCCCAGUGUCGCCCAAGAAAAGGAAGCAAUGGCGCGGCAAUGGUCGUAAGAAGGGCAAGGCUGUCGUGCGGGAUGACAAGACGAUGGAGCUCCAGCAGUGGCUGCCAAGCGACUGGAUCAAGACGAACGAGCCUCGAAAAACGCCUUACCACCCCCAGAUUGGAGAUUAUGUCGCCUACCUUCGACAGGGUCAUGCGAUGUACUUGAACGAGACACCACUGCGACCAAAGCUGGAUCUGAAGAUUGUCCCGUACCUGAAGGACCCAUCACUGCAAUGGGUUAUCUUUGGUCGCGUCUCCAGGAUCACUUACAAUGUGGGACCUCCAACCUGGUGCACCAUCACCCUUGAGGAACAGAUCAUGUCGUCUUCCUGGGGAUUCCCGCCCAACCCAGAGUUCUCGCCCUCACGGAGACGUUUCGAGAUUGAGUUUCACGAUCUCGGUGAUGUACCAGACUUUAUUGUUCUUUACUCAGUUUUCCAAGAAGGAGUGAAUGCGCAAUAUAACGUUGGCGAGCAAGUGUGGGCGUCGUUUGACGGCAGCAACUAUCCUGGAACCAUUUCGGACCAGGUUGUCGAUGACCAGAGUCUGCCUGAAUCACUAUGGAUGGCCUUUGAGAUCUCAUGGCCAAACAACGAGGAUGUUACCAAUUUGUCGCCUUGGGAGAUUCAGCGGGAAGAGAAGGAGGACGGAUCUCAAGGUCGUGAGGAGAUCCCGCCUGAAGAUUUCGAGCGCAUUGAAGAGAUCCUGAACCACUUCCUUGAGAUGGAGGACAUGCAGAUUUUCAAGGAAUCGGUCGAUUUCGAAUCAUACCCUGACUAUUGCAAGGCGAUCGCCUACCCUAUUUGCCUUGACGCAAUCCAAGAAAGAGUUACCAGCGGAUACUACAGACGCACCAGAGCUGUUCAGUUCGAUGUUGAGUUGCUGGAAAAGAACGCUCUGACAUACAAUGACCCUCGGAGUGGAAUCGCGGUUGUAGCCAAGCAACUUGCUCGGAUCUUCAAGGCGUGUCUCGCUAAUCCUUCAAAAGCCCUCCCUACGCGGAUCAAAGUCAAGUCCAGUCGGCUAGACGAGGACGAUGAAUUUGAUGGCUCAGGAAGCGAGAAUGAACUUGUGGAUAUUGAAUCAGAGCCUGAACCAGAUCUCGAGGAUGAGGACAUUGAGGAGGAAGAUGAUCAAGACGCAGACAAUGCCUUCCUAGAUGAUGCUGACGAAUCGGAAGAAGAAGGCAGGACGCGGUCUCGCUCUCGGACUUCAACCCGGAGGAGUACCCGGGCUGCCGCUCCAACCCGGAAGGCAAAACCUGCAGCAGCGGUAGCACCGUCAUCCAAUGGACGACGGAGUCGACAGAGUAGUGGCAGGGCAGCAGUGACGACAAGUGGAACGAGUAAAGGAGGGCGAGGUCGAAAGAGCAAGUCCAGGAAGAGGGCCGAUGAUGAUGAUGACGAUGACGAGGAUGGCGAGUGGGGCAAACCAGCAAGUCGCCGCGGCCGUGGCGGAGUAUCCACGAGGAGGAAUGGAGCCAAGUUAGACGAAGAGGAUGAAGAAGAGGAAUACGAUGAUGCAUCGGCACAGGUGGAGGACGGCGACGACGACGAUUUGGAUGACUUUAAGCAGGACAGCUACCAGUCCCCCGCAUCGUCGACACGUCCUUCGAGGACCAAGCGGAAGAAGACUCAGAUAGCGGAAAGUGACGACGACUAUAUAUCAUAG